GCCGCCGCGCCGGCCGGAAAACCUCGCGUGCGCCGCACCCUUGUGUCGUUGGCGUCGCGACGCUUUGCAACGCGACGCAACGCAAGGAUGCAUCGUCGUAGGUGUGCGAGUUUUCAGACGAAUUAUGAUACACGUGUCGUCCGAAAGCGCGUACAGAUAUGAUCGGGUAAAACGCAAAGGAGCGGCUUUCUUAACGAAUCUGUUUAAAUCGAAAAAACUGGCGGUAGGGAUGAAGAUUAACGAAGACGAAGAGAUGGAACGAACGCCCAGGGUGGAGACUCCUGCAAUUAUUACCAAUGCUUGUCGUCGAAACGGCUCGGAGAGUGACAGCACAAUGUCACGAAUUCCGUCGACCUUGAGUGUGACAGCAGUGGACGUCGUUGUCUCCUGUCAGCCGUCACCCUCGCACUCAAUUCUGACCCUGACACCCGGUAGAACGCGUAACAUUGAUCAGGACAUGGAGGCACUCAGACUGAGUCGUCAGGACAAUCCCUUUCUACAGGUAUUAGCAAGCCGAGAGAGCCUCGUGGAAUCGAUCGAAGAGUCCGAGUCCGACGAUGCAAUUCUAAUGUCGCAGGAAUACGGUGACGCGGAUCCGCUAACACUAGCACAGGUACAUGAGCACCUGGUACGCAGUCCACCCCCGGCUUCAUGGCCCAAUUCCACGGCCUUCCAGUUUCCCAAUCAGGAUGAAAGUACCACCCCAGGCAAGAAUGACGCGACUCUCCUAGUCAAGAGCCCGUCAAAGACACCCUCGCAUCGUAAUAACGACCAUGAGCUCUCCAGAAGCGAGACGACGACUGAUAUUAGAGAUCGGCACUCUCAUCCCUUCUCGUUAUUACAUCCAACACCAAUUCGUUCCUUGUCGGAAGUUCGACGACUUCGGUCGGCCGACGACAGCGUGCAGCUCAUGUCGAACGAAUAAACUACACAAGGAUACUGGAUCCUAAUUGGAUUUCUGGUGACUGAGAAAUAUCGGUUCUUCGAAUAUUCUUCGAGAAUUGCGAUUGCUGACAAGUCGAAGAAAAUUUCGUUCGUGUAAACGAAAUUUAUGAUCAAUUCCAAAUAAGGUUUGUCCUAAUUAAGAAGGUGGAUACAAGAAAAAUGAAGAAUCAAGAUUCUUACGUAGGUAUCCAAUAGUUGAUCAGAUUGAAGCUACGAUGCGUUUGAGGUGGAUGUGAUAGAAGAUUACAGAGCGAGUAAUGAUUCGAUUAAUCGUACAGUGAUUAAUAAUUUUUAUUGAGAAAGUAAUUACUGAAAAAGAAG